GAAAUGCCAUUUCAUGAAUGAAUCCGAAACGCUAACAAAUUGGAAAUUUCAAGAACGCAUCUUAUAGAAAUUGGUGGCAACAUGACGACAAACAUAAAUGUGAGAGAAAUCGUCAGGAACAUAGUAAAUGGGACAUUUGCUAAACAUAAUUGUUUAGUUUGUUUGGCACAGUUGCGAGAGCCUUGUGGCGAUAUAUUCACUAAAAUAAGUGACGAUAAAUACUCGUCGGUGGCUGAUAUGCUAGAGCUGUGCGGUAUUAAGCUUCCACUAUCAGUUUACAAUAAAGUCUGUUCCAAAUGCUUCAAGUUGGCAUCAGCAACAUACUUAUUUCACAAGAUCGCUCAGCAAAGUGAAGGCUUGCUAAGUUUCUAUCUCAACGAAUUGGACAAACAAAUAACACCAGAUAUUUCAGAUGAGAUGCAAUCUUUUUGUAUCACUCUACCACAGUAUACACCAUUCACUCAUACAUGCAAUGAAGAUUUACAUUUAGACAGUAUUUUAGAACAAUCAUUAAAAAAAGACGAAGACACUGAAGCUUCAAGUAAUGUUAAAUUUGAACCUUUUGAUGAUGAUCCUGAUAAUAUCGUUAUCAUUAAACACGAUAAUGGCAAAUCAGAUUUUUUUAAAGCACAAAACGGAAAAUUGAAACUCUUAGACAUCAAUUUUUGUGGGCAGAAUGGUGUAGUAGAUGAUAAGAGCAAAAUUAAAAUACGCAAGAAAAGAAAACCGAUGUCAUAUAAAUCUUGCAGUCAGUGUCCAGUUAAAUAUAGAUUACUGGGAAAAUUGAAAGAACAUAUGAAGACACAGCAUAAUAUUGAUCUUCAUAUCUGUAAGGUCUGCAAAGCAUUCAUAGAAGACGAACAAGAAUACAGGAAGCAUUUAAGAACCCACGGCGAUAUUCAUGUAUGUGCCAAAUGUAAUAUGGUCUUCAAAAAGAGAAAAGCCAUAAUAAAUCAUUUGAAAUGGCAUGACGAUGUUAAUAAUCUAACGAAGUCGGAUAAAGCGCAUAUUUGUGAAAUUUGCGGCUUAGUGCUGGAAGACAGUGAGCAUUUACAGGAACAUUAUGAUCAGAAACAUGUCAAGAAGUAUACUUGUUAUUAUUGUGGUCGAAUGUACAAGGGAGAGAUAAGUUUCGAAAUGCAUAUUAAGAAACAUGAAAUGCAUAUGAAUAAAAAUGAAAUCCAAGAAAAGCCAAAGAAAGCAUCAAAGCGAAAACAUACUUGUACUCAAUGUAAUAAAGAUUUUGUUGACGAGAGAUCUUUGUUGUGGCACAACAGACUACAUACUAACGAACGACCAUAUCCCUGUAAGGUGUGCGGUCGCGCGUUCGUGUCGCUGAACCGCCGCAACCAGCACGCGGUGUGCGCGCACUCUGCGCCCGCGCGCCGCUGCCCGCUCUGCCCCGCGCUCUUCCAUCUGCGCUCUAUGGUCAACACGCACAUCAAGAAGGUGCACCUAAACGCUCACAAGCGUAGGAAUCGAACGAGUAAACACCAAAAUGUGUAUUGGAAAACUGAAACAGUGCCCAUUCAAGAGUUGAGUGUGGCUAUACAGGACGAAAUAUUGGAACUGCAGGCUAAGAAGAGGAGUAAAUCUGGUUUUGAUUUGUGACAUGAAGAGUUUUGCAAAUGAAAAUCAUACUGAAGAAGAAAAUGGAACACGUACUUUAAAAUUAUGAAAAUAAAUUAUCUAUGUGUCUAAUGUACAUUUAAGAUGUAAUUAAAUAAAAUA